AUGUGGCUAGAGGAAAACGGUGCGGCGGCGACUGGCCACCGAGCUACUGAGGCAUUGGGGUCAAGGCGAAGUCUCGAGCGUCGGUUGACGCAAUCCAGCCCGCCAUUAUCUGCUCCAACUAGUUCUUAUCAAAGCUUAGUGGGCGCCGUGAACGAGCGCGACGCGUACGGCUACGGGUACGGCGGCGGGGGCGGGGGGGCGCACCACUUCGCCGCGCCCGCGCCCCCACCCCUGCCCCACGACGAGCUGCCCUACUCGGUGUUCGACUUCGGCGACUACCAGCGGCACCACCACCACAACAAGCUCAAGCCGAAGAAGAGGCCGCGCAGCGACGCGCCGCCCACGCCCGGCGUGAAGCGCAAGAGCCGCGAGGGCUCCACCACCUACCUGUGGGAGUUCCUGCUCAAGCUGCUGCAGGACCGCGAGUACUGCCCGCGCUACAUCAAGUGGACGAACCGCGAGAAGGGCGUCUUCAAGCUGGUCGACUCCAAAGCGGUCUCGCGCCUCUGGGGCCUGCACAAGAACAAGCCGGACAUGAACUACGAGACGAUGGGCCGCGCGCUGCGCUACUACUACCAGCGCGGCAUCCUGGCCAAGGUGGACGGCCAGCGGCUCGUGUACCAGUUCGUCGACGUGCCCAAGGACAUCGUCGAGAUCGACUGCUCGCUCGCG